GGGCAUAUGACCACUGCUCAAUCAAUUGUAGGAUCCACUAUGGAUGGUCUGAACAAGGUCACAUCAAGUAUACCUCUCAAGUUCAAGUUUGACGUUACACAGAUCAAGUCAAAGAUCGAUGAGGUGAACAACGCCACAAAGAGUGCCUUCUCUGCACUCACCGGUGUCACAUACAGCAACACAAAGCCAAAGAAGUCAAAGUACUACUAUCAGUUAAAGACUGUAAGUGACACAGCACCAUCGUUGACAGAGAAUGAGUUCACAGGUAUCAUACCAGAUGGCUUCUUUGAUCAGAAGUUUGAUACUACUCGCUAUCUGCUUGAUCUACUGCCUCCAAACGAUGCAGACUUGCAACAAUUCUUGGAUCAACAUACGACAAAGUUCACACAGUCUAUGGAUUACAUCAACUCCAAGCUACACAACAAGGUUAGGAAGAACUAUACAGAGUUUGUGGAGGGAAUGUCACAGAUUCAUGAGAUUGGUGUAGAGUUGCAAAAGAGCACUGUAAUGUGUGCUAAUGGAAGGAGGACACUGGGCAACACCAAGAACAAUCUCAACAGGACAGCCUUUAGCAUUAUGGCCAAGUAUCGCAAGAGAAGCGUCUAUCAGAAGGUGCUGAGCGAUCUCAUCCUGAUCAAGGAGAUCGUGCAUCGUGAGCGAUUGAUCAAACAGUACCUAAGCGAUGGCGACUAUCCAAACACAAUCACAGAGUACCAUCAGUGCAGAGACAUUGCUCAACGAUGUCAGCAAUACUCUUGUGUACCCGAGCUGGGCAGGAACCUCGUGGAGAUAUACAACGUACUAAAUGAGCGUGUCGACAAGGACUUUUUCAAUUGCUGUCGCACAUUCUCUGCCACCACCUACCGAUCAGUGUUCCAGGCCUACAAGAUGCUGAAUCGCACCAACCUCCUUCUCGAGAAGCUUGAGGUCUACUUUGUCAAGCCCAUCGUACCAGAGACUAGAAACAUUGUCUACUCUCAUGUACUCCUCUCUGAAAGGGCCGCCAUGAAUCCAGAGGUAUUCAAAGGUGUUGAAUACAAGGACCUCUGCAAAUCAGUGAUGGAUGAACACUUUGUCAACUGUCUUUUGGUAGUAUUCCAGUAUCUCUCUGAUGUCAUGACCAGUCUCUAUCUCAUGAACCAGUACCACGUCGAGAACCCAGAUCGCGAGGAGAGCAACGUCUUUGCCGACGUCAGUUCAGCAUUGACUAGAUUCAAAAAGACCAUCUGGGACACGAUGCAGAAGCAGGUAACAGCUCUACUAGCACCUCGCAAGCUCACAACAUUCAAGAUUGAUGACUUCUUGCUGGUGUUGAACUCGGUCACAAAGAUCAGUGAGAUUGGCAAGGAGUUUAGCGGUGAGCCAGCACAUCAUCUCAUCAGCUCCAUCAACGAUCAGUCAAAGUCCUUCUUUGAUCACUUCCACAAGACCCGCAUUGAUGAUCUCAAGACGAUGCUCGAGCACGAGACCUGGACCAACAUUCCAGUGUCCUCCAACUUUAACGCGGCCACUGAGCUCAGACUGGACAAACUCAACAUGUCCAACGAUAUUGAGAGAUUGACUGGCGAACAGAUAUUCCAUUCAAUCAGAGACAAUGGAAAUCCAUUCUCUCAGUUGAUAUCAUACAAGAACAAGAGAGCUACAACAUCAUCACCAACACUCCAACCAGUCAAUCAGCAAUCGAGCAACAACACCAAUGAGGACAAGAGUGAUGACGAGGAUGAGGCACUCAAGCAGGAGUUUGUCGAGGAGGAUGAUGAGGACACUGCAAAGCGUAGACAACAACAACAACUACUGAUGCAACAGAAGAAGGAAGAUGCAAGAGUGGUACUGGUGUCCUCAACAACCAUAGCCUUUGUUCGCUACAUUGGCAAAUACCUAGAUAUGAUGAAGCAAUUGCCUCAUAUCUCUUACGACAUUUUCAUUGCCGUUUGUCAACUUGUAGAAUACUACUUACAAUCCAACAAUGCCAACAACAACAACAACAACACUGAUCCAAACGCACCAAAGUGGAUCAUACCAAAGAUCAAUCCAAUGCUCAGACUUGGUGACCCAGCACUUCUAUUCAAUCUCCCUGUCCGUGUAUUGGCGAUAGAGACACUCUCCUUUGUAGUCAGCGCACUUGAGGCGUCCAGACCAGUGUUUGAGAGCGUGCUUGGCAAACACAUCGAUCACAUCAAGACAUUCUUUGUCAAGGUGGUGGGCAUCAUUCCCGACCUUCAGCGCCACCUCGUCAAGAGUGCAGUGUCUGCGGUGUUCUCACAUCAACUGGGCAACAACUACUUCUCCAACGCCAUUGCCAAUCAGAAGUGGGACUUCAAGGCAGCCACAGCAAACAACUCUCCAUACGUCAAUGAGUUUGUUCCCGAGUGGAAGAAGUUCUUCAAGAACCUGGACGAUUGCAUCAAGAGCAGCGACUUUAUAACCAAACCAAUCAGAGACAGCAUAGUGGAUGCCAGCUUUGAGUUCUUUGUCCAACAGUUGGUGGAUGGCUACAGUCGCAUCAAGAAGUGCUCUGUUGAGGGUCGUUCAAUGAUGAUCCAGGACCUGUUGUUGAUGCAGGCCAAUCUUGAGAAGCUGGCCAAGAGGAAGAUACCAAACAUUGCCUAUGCAGAGCACUAUAUCAAGGGCUACUAUCAAUUCGCAGUGCUCUCUGAUCAGGACAUCAUCAACUGGGCCACUGAGCACGAGGAGUAUCCAAUCAAACACGUGAUCAACCUGUUACUGUUGGCCAAAGGCAGUAAACCAGCACUACAGCAACAGCUUGAAGAGUUGGACAGGAAGAGAAGG